GGGGAUCUCUUUUCUCUCUCUCUUUCUCUCUCUCUCCCUCUCUCCUUCUCUCAGCUCUGUUUCCAAACUCAUGGCCCAGUGACCUGUGUGUGGAGGGGGGCACAAAUCGCAAAGAUUCCUGGAAUGUGUCGACUGCAGUUGUGUGUUACACAACCAUAGCUAUAGAGUGCCAAGAGCAGGGGGGGGGCGGAGCCUCCUUCCGUGACAUCACUCCCGGUGGGGCUAUAAGUGUGUACGAACACAGAGCAUAGCAGCACAGCACCCGACACACACACACGCGCAUACACACCUGCACACUCUUCAGUCGCCACUGCACCAUCUAGGGACUUUGUAAAACACGCAAGGAUCUCUUUUCUCUCCGAACUCUGAGCUCUCUGACAAGGACAAUGGCAUCGGUUCACACCACCAUCCUGCUCCUCGUCUCCGUGUGUGUGACUCUGCAGACAGGUCUAGGGUUGCCUCUAGCACACGGGGCAGAUGCAGAUGCCAGCGAGGCGGAGGGAGCCCCCCGGGUCCGCACCAAACGCUGCUCCUGCAACAACCAGCUGGACUCUGAGUGUCACUACUUCUGCCAUCUGGACAUCAUCUGGGUGAACACGCCAAGUAAAACCACAGUUUAUGGGUUGGGCAGUGCCCUGAAUCGUCGUCGUCGUCGGAGGUCUGUGGGACGCUGUUUCUGUGCCAACCCUGCCGAUCACACCUGCAACCGCUUCUGCCUUAACAGCUCAGAGAAUCCUGCCCUUGUACUGGUGAAGCCAUGGCAAUCAGAGCAGGAGAAGGCAGAGACCAGUGUGGUGGCCAUCCAGCGAUCUCCCCUGGCUUCCAGGCCAGAUGUGCUGGUUCCCCAGGAGACCUUGAACGGAGCACGCUCUGAAGCAGUGGCCCUGAUCAGGGAGCUCAUCCUCGCCAAUAGCCUGGAGAUGGAGAGGGCAUCCCCUCCUAGAAAGAGAGGCCCCCGGGUCCUAAAGCCUGCCUACCGAUAAACUGCACCCAGGGGGAUGAACGUGAGCACUAGAACAAAGCAACCACCACGACAGGGGGGCGCCGAGCAGCAGAACAAAGAGAUGUUCCGAGAUGGACGUGGAGACACUUUCGAGUCCCCGCAGAACCAUGUUCUGACUCAUGAAGAGGAGAUGGCAAAGACUCAAGGACAUGCACACCAGGCCUUUAACCAAAACCUGACAAGACGAAUCAGAUGCAGUGUACUACGCACAGUGGAAAUGUGUGUGUGUGUGUGUGUGUGUGUGUGUGUGUGUGUGUGUGUGUGUGUGUGUGUGUGUGUGUGUGUGUGUGUGCGAGCGUGUGUGCGAGCGUGUGUGUAUGCAUGUGCGUUUACCCUUAUGACAUGAAGGCAAGAUGUGUGUGACCAUGUGUGUGUUAGCUCAUCCGAGUCUAAGCAUGAGCUAAUCAGGAUAAAGUCAGCCAUGCUCGAGCCAUGGUGAGGACCGUCUCAGUGGAUGCCCUCUCUGCUCUAGAGAAAGUCAGACAGGGAGAGGUGAGACGGAUAUGAUUCAGGAAGCUAUCGAGUUUUCCACCGAAGCAGAGGGAGUGUUUUGUUGCCCCUCAAUAACAGUGUCUUAACAGGCUUCUUUGGAAGCUGGAUGAAUGAGUGCAAAGGUUACUUAAUUGCUCAAGAUACAUUUGCACUGUGUGGAUACAAGAUGAAGGCAAAUGUAUGUGCAUGAUUGUGUGUGUGUGUGUAUGUGUGCGUGGGUGUGUGUGUGUGUGUGUAUGAGUGU